AUGACUCAAGUGCAACAGGGCGAAUUUGUCACGUGGGUCCUUUUCUGCUUCGCCGUCGCACUGGCCGUCGCCGUCGUCGUCUACUACAAGUUCUGCAAAAGUUGGUUUUCUUAAAAUUUCAGUUUUGGUACCGUUAUAAAGUUAGAAUUUGAGAUAAACCAAUUAUGCCGUGUUCAAGUUACUUUCCGAAAAAUGCAAAAUUAUCUUUUAUCCUCCAAUGUGUGGCUAUCAUUUUCACUCUCUGACGAAUAUUUCAAAUUUCGUGAAAUUACUUCGAACACGACAUAAAAAAUCAACCAAAAAAAAAUUCGGAGCAACGGAAACUUUUUUUCAGAACUUUGUGAUUUCUAGGCAUGACUUCCAGUUUCAUACUUUUAUUUGAAAAAAAAUCAUCUUAUCAUAGGCGAAUGGAGAAAGGGUAUCGCGAUACCCUCUCAGGUAUAUCGCAGGAUCUAAAGUCUAUUGAUGGCACCUCGAGUAGACCUCUGAGGAAUUUGAGCAAAAUGAGAUAGACUUGACUCUCAAGUACCUCCGAGAUGGCUAAGAUAUAGCUAAAAAGUAUGCUGGACUCAUUUCAAAUAUUACUAGUUGAUUUUAAAAUAGUUGAAGGUUCGUUUAAUCUUCUAAUCUGAUUCUUCAUCAGAAUUUAUUAUUUAAAACCAAAUAAUUAAACAAAUUUGUUUUUCUGACAUUCGAAUUUGGACUCAUUUGAAGAGUCCAAGUUUGUCAGAUUAUUUUUUUCAUUGAAAAAAAAUGGGGCUUUUUGAAGAAUGGGAGUUGUGAAAAUACCAUCAAAUAGUGUAUUUAUUUUGAAAGUUUACGGGAAUAUUUCAAUCAAAAAUUCAAAUUCAGACAACGCUCAUCGCGCCCUUCAUCAUUAAUUUUUCGGUACGUUGUUAAAAUUUUUAAAUUUUUUUCAAAAAUAUUUUUUUGUUUCUGAUGAAAAACUCAUAGAGGCUUUGAUUUUGAAUAACUACGUUAUGAGCAAAAAAUGCCGGGCAAUCCAAUUUUAUGCCGUGCUCAAAGUAAUUUCCGAAAAGUCGAAAUUAUCUUUGCCUCUCCAAAAUUUAGCCAUGUUUUUCAUUCCAUGAUCGCUAUUUUGAAAUCCGCGGAACGACUCUGAAAACGGGACUAGAAAGAUAGUUUUGAGCCCCUCGAUUUUAUUUUCCAAAAAACAUUCAAAAUUCCUGAAAGGCUCGCUACUCCGCCGAAAGUGAGAAGCAAGCUUGCUCCACGGAAAAUCCAGCGCCAGCUGUUGGCCAGCUUCCAAUCGAUCUCGAGCCUUCACUGGUUCCCUCCAGCCGCAGGAAAUUUUCCAAAUGGUAAGUUGACCUAAUAACUCCAAUGGGCAGGAAAAGUGAUUGAAAGAAGUGUUUUGCAGAAGUUCCAAACCGGUGAGAUUGUCACGUUUUACAUGUUCGGGUUCACGGUGGCUCUAACGGCCACAGUCGUCGCAUAUUACAAGUUUCUAGGUCCUAGUGAGUCUAUUACUUCAAUAUAAACUUUGAGCCUUUCUAUUCAGAAAUCGACUCGAAAUCGGUGAACAGAUUUGUAAACGACGGUAGGAAAAGAGUUGCGAAAUGCGAGGAAAUCUUUGGCCGGUUUUCUGGUCGCCGUAUCAGUCGAGAUUUUUGAAAGAAAUCUUCGUUGAAUUUGAUUCAAUGUUUUCCACCGCUGGCUUGAGACGAUUUUCGGUACGUUUUUUUUCGAAAGAUUAGCCGAAAGAAAAAUUGAGACGAUAUUUUUUGGAGUAUUCUUUUAUCAAGCUAGCGGUGAAAUCACUACAACUUGUGGAAAAUGUUUUGUUGUUGUUUUUUUUUGUCAAUGAGAGCAGUUCCUUUGGAUACAACUACGGAAAUCUCUGGCCUUCUUUUCCCUGAUUCGAUUCACAAUCUCCUUUUAAAACUUUUGUGAAAAGUUUUCAUUUGAGUAUAUUCAUGAACAUAUUUUUUUUUUGUUGAUCUGAAACUUGCCAAAGCAAUCAAUGUUUUCUAAUUAUCGACAUUUACGCUGUGCUCGGCACAAAUUACGAGUCUCCUAUAAAGUAUUUGCAUUGAAAUGGAUAUAUUGAGACAAAAGAAGAAGAAGAAAAUUGCUAAAAGAGCCAUCAGUGGGAUGAAAGGGCGGAGUUAAUCCGCCGAAAAAGAGAAGGUUCGAAUUUGCGAACAGAAAUUAGAACAAGGAGAAGCUCCGACCAACGAGAGGACAACUGCGCCGUCGAGUCUGACGAAUCACUUUUCGAAUCGUUUUUUGUCUUUCGGAGAGCCACCUUUGAUCGAAGAUUUAUUCUCAUCCGCAAAACAUCACCUGAGCUGUAGUCCAACACUUUUGAUUUCGGGCUCAAUUUAUUUUCCAAAAUUAUUUCUUCUAGCUUUUUUUGAACAUAUAAUCGUCCCUACAACUACCUGUUGCAAACUGUCUCCUAAAAAUUUUUACGAUGGUAUAAUAUAAUAUAAUAACAAUUUAAAUUUCAAUAUGACUUAUUCUACAAGGGUUCAAUUUUGUGAGUUAACCUUCCUGCUAAUAUCAAACUCGCAUCCACCUUACUAGUUAGUUCGUUUUUGGCUUUAAGAAAGCAGCGAUUAACUUUUUGCAUCAGUUCUAAAAAAAAUCGAAGUAUUCAUAAUUAAGUUUUUGUUUCGUAUUUUCGGUCAUUUUUUUCCAGGCGCUUUCUGUGUCGAACGAGAAAAUUAAUGCUAAUGUAUGAAAAAAGGGAUUUCAGAAGCAAUUGGCGCCCCGUAUUUUCAGUAAACUUUCUCAAAAUGGCCAUCGAAAAGGAAAAAGCAACAGUUGUGCUGCAUGAUAUGGAGGACGAGACCGAAGAUUUCGCCCACAGAAUAUUUAAAGUUUUUUCUUUUCAAAUCUAAAGAUCUCAUAGAAACUUCAUUCCCAGUCUUUUUGAAAUCGGAAUUUAAUUGCUUGGAACAGGUCGCGACGAUAAUGCGGAUAAACUUUCUCAAGAAGGACCGCUGCACUCGCUCCAUCAAUUUCUUUGUCGCUGGCCUCUUUUUCAUAUUAGGUUCAUUUUAACGCGGAAAUCCUCGAUUUUCAAUUCAUUCCAGGAGUUUAUAGCUUCAUUUAUGCAACCAAAGUGACUUUUGCUUAUCGCUUUACGACCUACGAGGUUUCAAUGACGUUGCUCGUGCUCACAUGGAAGGUCCAAUCUCUCAUUUCGAUGGUUUUGGAACGAAUCCAAGCGAAUUCUGAAAAGAGCACAGGUUUUUCUCGUUUACUGGCAACUAUACGGACACCUGAGAUCUUUCCGAAGACGCUUGGCCGGAUGCCAGCAACUGAAGGGCUUGGCCCAGGGACGUCGAAUGAUCGACGGUUGGUCGUUGUGAAUUCUUCUCGAAGUUUCAAUUUCAGGCAACACCCAUUUUUUCUUUGUAAUUCUGGUCUUCGAAGUUAGCAUUUGCUUUGCUUUCGCUGCCAAGUACCACUUGAGCGAGUUUCACACUGAGUAUUCCACUGUUCUUUCGCGGGUUAAGUCUUCCCGCUGUCAUCUGUAAGUCGGAAUGCUUUCAAGGUGUUCUUCUACACGGAGCUCCGGCCUUUGUACACUUGCGUCACAGUAUACCUGUACCUGGUAUGGAACAUCGCUCUUUUCGUUUUGAUUCUUUACACCAACGCGACCUUUCUGGAAGUUCGCUACUUCAACCAGCAAAUCGAGAAGGCAGUUGCAAAGAAAGUGGCCAAAACCUAUUUUUGUUUGUCAUUUCAGUUUGACGGAUCUGAUGAGAAUGCGGAGGAGGACCUCUUGGCGCACAUGAACACCUAUGGCGACCUCAUAGGGGUGAUACGACAGUUGGACCGUAUAUUUAGAGUUGUAUUUGUUUGAAAAUCUUCUUCUUAUUGAAUAUUUACAGUUCUACACGUUUAUAAUGAUAGUGACGACGAUUCCCUCGAUGAUCUUCACGCUGAUGAUGAUGAACCAGCGGAUCCACUCAUUCACGGACCUGCUCUUCUGCUCGCCCUCCAUCUCCUUGUGCAUCUACUCCUUUUUCGCCGUAACCAUCGCUCCGGCCCGGCUGCACGACGAGGUUUGACGAAAGAAAGACAUCUCUGCAAGAAGAGAUUCGAGAUCCGUCUGACGAAGACGUGCUUCUGCCAGAACAAAUCGAUCUGGUUCCCGUACCGACGUGAGGUCUACCUAAUUGCCAGCACCUUCGCUUCCCACAUGGAACAGUACGAGCUUGGAGUCUCCGUCUGGGGCUUCGCCGUCCUUUCUCGGCCACUUAUUCUCGGGGUGAGUCAGAAGCUUCGACUUCCUCAGGCAACCUUUCAAGGUCGAAUUAAACAGUAUAAGAAUUAGGCGAAGGCAGAACCAAAAACAAGGCACCUCGUCGAUCUAUGUCACGAUUGUCGCACGCUUUGCAUUGUUGCCACAGAUCAAGUUGGCAAUCAUGUUUCUUGUAUUGUUUUUGCUUUUGAGCCAAGUAACGAUGUGUGAUGUCCCAAAUCUGGUUCUCUAUGCAACCAAUUAGAUCGACAUUUUUGUGACAGCUUUUUUAUACAUCUCACUUCAUCAAAGUUCAUUUUUCCUAAAGAGCUGUUCACUUUGAAAAAAGAGUAACAAAUUGCCCAUCUAUACCCAUUCAAAAGAACUCUUUAUUUCAUGUCCAAAACAUUUUCUCAUGUAUAACUUAAUUGGCAGUGUAAAAUGCACUGUAAUAGGAAAAGUUUAUAAAAGCUGAAGAAUUAUAAGAAAAACUGCGUCAUUAUUUUUCGUUUUCUAAAAGCACGUGAAAGUAAAAAAAAUUUAAAAAUGAUUUUUUCUGUACAUUUAUAGCAUUUUUCUCAUAUCUCAUCUUUAAAAAAGUUGAUCAUACGUUACAGACUUGGAAAAUUUUCUGAAGUUCGAUAUUUUUCAAUUAUUACAGACGCUUUCCGCCACGGCAAUGCUCAUGUCUCUGUUGACGGAACUCGCCCCGAAAGCCGACCUCUUUAGUGAUCACUCCACCAAACACUCGUAA